ACUUCUUUCGUAUGCGCAAUGGAUUAUGUAUUUCGCUUUCCGCUUAUCAGUCGCAGUUCGGCGGCGAUCGAGUCAAGAUAAUGCUCAAUACUAUAGCCGGCAAACCCUUAACCCGCUGCCAGAUAAAGAGGAUAAUUCGUUAUGAGCGAAAGGUUUGUUUGGGCUGGAAACACGCGAUCUACCCAUUGCCACCGCCGCCAGUUGUGAUACCCUUUCAAGGAGUAUAUAAAGUUCAGGGAAAAUAGAAAUCUUAAUUGGUGUAUAUUCUUGUAUCUAAAAGAGAGAUCGAACCUUUGUUUAAUGGUAGAGUAGUUAUUAGUUUAUAUUUGAGAUUUAUUAGAAAACAUAUUCAAUAUAUUAUGUGCCUGUAGGGAAAUCAGGAAUUCUCCCACUUCUGAAUAGUGGCAUUAGUGUUCCUCCUAAUUGCAUAAUUAAUUCAUUGAUGGCAAAGCAAGCAAACUGAACCAAUAAAGGGCAAACAAUGACCCAUUCCUGCGACAGGACGAGCAGAAGCACUCCACUGGCGGCCAUCGAACGAGAUGAUUGUGGCAUUCGUUGUGUUCCUUUUAUCGCUGAUAGUAUUUUAUCUGUUUGUCACAACCAAGCAAUUCCACAAAUUGCAGGGCUGACUGGCGAUUGGGGUCAGGUAGACACAAAGGUGAUGAAGGCAUUGUGCUACAGUGCCAAGCUGGUGGCUGGCUACCAUGCCAAGCGGAAUCCCGAUCUCGCCAAGCGAUACGCCACCGCUAGCUCCAGGAUCUCUGGUGCGAGAGCCACCCUGCGCCUCAUCGACGACAUACCCAUGAUCCAAUAUGCCUUGGAGUACGGCUUGGGCGAGAACGAACCCGAUCGCGUGAUGCAAGUGCUGGGCGUGACGGCCAACAUCGUCGAUUUGCUCUACUAUCCCAUCGAGAAGGUCUGUUGGCUGGCCGAGCACAAGAUUGUGGAUGUCAAGAAUGCGGAUAACUGGGACAAUGUCAACUCCAUAUUCUGGGUUCUUUCGGUGUACCUAAACCUGAUGAGGACAAUGCGGAAUUUUUCAUUGAAUCAGGAGAAACUGAACCGAACCAAAAAUAUAAACGAAUUGGACGUGAAAACGUUGACCAAGCACCGCCUGGAAAUGGUGUCCAUCGUCCGGAUCUCCCUCGACUUUGUGCACGCGGUCAGUACGCUGCCCAAGGGAUAUUUGUGGGGCGGCAAGCUGUCCACCCUGCAGGUGGGGGCCAUUGGCACCUUAUCCGCUGGCCUGGGCAUCUACCAGAUCUUUGCCAAGAGAAGACUGAACAAGUAGUCGAUGCGCCCUCGUAUUUGCAAUCCGUGUACUCGUAUUUGUUGAACAGAAUUUUAAGCUAGUCGAUAAUCGUUUUUGUACGGCACUCGCAAGUGUGUUUAGCCAGUAAGUCCUUUAAAGAAGCACAAAAUACACGCUGAAUAAUGGUAAAACAGGA